AGGCGGAGUCUUCGCGGCUCCCGUAAACUGUUAAGUUAACUUUAAGGGAUAAACAGAAAGAAAAAAAAAAGUCCUUGUCUUGUCGUCAGCGGGGCUCCCAUUGUCCUCUUCCCAACAGGGCUUAAUCAGACCCGUACGGAAAGCAGCAGUCACAAGCGCAUCGCGGCACCGUGAGCUCGAAAAGUACAAGAAAAGUCCGGCGGAACGGCGGGGAAGUCCCGAGAGGAAAUCCCCCCAUCACUGGAAUAUUACCAAAUUUCGUAAUGCGCGUCUCUCUUUCACAGCACUGAUCAUUUGGACGGGAGACAUGAGGCGCGCGUUGCGUGGACUUUAGUGGCAAAGUCGAAAAAACAAAAGCAAAGCCAAAACAUGACGGCAUUUUAGCGAGCGCGGCGAAGGCGAGCCGUGCUGCCCGGUGUGCCAUGUCCGCCGCGCAGAGCAGCCUCGGGGGCGCAGAGCCGCCGCCGCCACCGCCACCACCGGACGACACAGACAAGCUCAGGCUGGAAAAUGAGAAACUUCAGAGCAAAGUGCAGAGCUACGCGACGGUGGCCACCUUCUACCACGAAGCCCGGCGCGAGCUGGCCGCGAUGGCCCAUCAGAGCCGCCUGAAAGACAACGUGAUCGGCGAGCUGAAGGCGCGGCUGGCCCGACACGAGAGCACCGCCGUCCACCUGGGCGCGCACGACGAGCCGCCGCUGCUGUUCGGCCCCUCGCAGAGUCUGCUGGAGGGGCUGUGCAAGGAGAUCAGCCGGCUGAAGCAGCAGCUCAAGGACAACGACAGGCAGUCGGAGCAGCUCGUCGAGACCCUGAAGCGGGAGCUUCAGACCCUGCAAAAGCAAGUCGAAGAGAAGGAGCACGAGAUCCAGAAGAUGAUCAGAAGACCCCAGCAUGAGAAAGAUCUGCAGAUCAGCGAACUGCAGAAGAUACUCCUGGAGAAGGACCGCGUUCAGGCCACCCGCGAGGUGCUCUGCCAUUCCCUCACUGAGGAGAAGGAGCAGCUAAGGACUCAGCUGGCAGCCACCGUGCAAGUGUGCCAGCAGCUUGCCCACAAGUUGGAGGGGAAGAACCGGAAUUACUGUGCGCCACGAGAGGAUGACAUGGAGCCAUGUAAGAAGCUUCCCAGCUCCGAGAUGUGUGACUCCCGACAGCUGCAGGUGGCGGUCCAGCGACUACAGGACGAGAACGACGCCUUGAAACAGAAGCUGGCUUACGUGGAAAGUUUAAAUGCCAAAUGGCAGAAGUACGACUUGAGCCGGGAGGAGUACGUGAAGGGACUGUGCCAGAAACUGAAAGAAGUGGGCUCACAGAAGGGCUUCGUGCCAGCGGCGGCCAGCGGUGACAUCAUGCAGCAGGAGAUCCUGCGGCUCAACCGGCUCCUCGAGGAGAAGAUGAAGGAGUGUGGCCGGUACAGCCGAGAGCUGGAGGACACGCGCAAGGUCGACCGAGAGCGCAUCCAAAUCCUUGAGCAGCAGGCUCUCGUUUACGCCGACGACUUCAAUUCCGAACGACUGGACAGAGAAAGGGCCCAGAGCCAAAUCCACGACCUGAAAGAGGAGGUCGUCCGUCUGCAGUCGCAGCUCCGGAGGCAGGACUCACGGGAUCGAAGUUCACCGUGCCGCGCUCACCCCGGGGGCAGGAGCCCCGCACAGUUAGAAGCCGACACCAUGGAGCCUCUGCUGGGCAGCAGUCCGGAGCGGACGGGGAGCGGCAGGUCCACCGCGAGGUCCCCCACGACGCAGGAGCUGUCCGCGGCCAGCCGGCGGUCCCGAGCAGAGCACCAGGCCCUGCAGUGUCCUCGCUGCCUGACCACCUACUCCGACGAGCGGGCGGCAGAGUUUCUCAAGCAUUGUACGGAGUGCGCGGAGGUGUGAGCAGGGGGCACGGCUGGCACGCAGACUGAGAGCACUACGGCCGUGGGGCAGGCACCCUUUUGGAAAACGGGCUUGGCUCCGAGGACCCCCAUGUGGAUGCUGACGCAUGCGGACCAUCUUGGUGCCCCCCCACAUUUUGGAGUCUCAAGAGCCGUGUGCUAAAAUGGCAAAAAAAACCAAAAACUGACAGGAUGUAAAGUGACACGCGUGGCACCACUGGGUGGUCUUGGUACCUCGCGGACCCCUGGAGCAGAGGUGUGCCACACGCGCCCCGCUACAGACCACUUGCACUUUUGCAUGUCUUCUUUUGACUUUAUAGAAUUCGCAGCUGGCCGCUUUGAAGGGGCUCUGCCAAGCGCACUUCGGCUUUCCUGUCUCAAGUGGCACUUCACACGCCCGCCAAGUCCUUAUUUAUACCCGUGUGUGAGGGGUGACGUGUGCUUUGACUGUAAAUGUACUCAUUCUGCAGGUGUGAUGGCAGAGCCCCCGAGCGUACGUCAUGUGGCGUCCCAACCAGACCUUCAUAGUGUCACCUUUAUGGUCGUGUGGGACCUCCACAGUCCUGUGCCCCGUCCUUUGUCCACGUGCACUUUGCAUGUUCUCCCUUUGUCUGUGUGGGUUUGUCCUUCAACAUCCCUGAAAAUGAGCGCCUCGAGUGAGGUGGGAGUUCACAGUGGACCCAAGGAUGGAUAUGUGUGUGCGUGCCAUGCCAGAGACUGGUGGCCUUGUGCCCACACCAUAUGGAUGACUAGAUUCAUAUUAUAACGUACCGUACAUAACACUGUCAGAGGUGAUUAGUCCAGUUCAAGGGGGCCAGGGACCCGCAGUUUCAGAUGGCACACAACAGGGAAACUCAAGUUCAGGUCGGGGGUACUCCCUGCAUACCCCGUGUCCAAGGGGGGUCAUCAGGAUGGUCCACUUUCCUCCCGCAGUCCAAAGACACCCACUGCCUGUCUGGCGAGACCCCCAGUGAACACGGCCAGCCUGUCCUCGAUUGAGGCUCUGCUGAUGCCAUCGCCGACUGCCCAUUCUACCUUCCCCCUUUGGAAACAUUUGGUGCCCAAGGGUUGAUAAGGUGGUGCCAGGUGUGGGUUCUUACAGAAAGUGAAUUUCUGUGCCCUAAGCAGUUUGCAGUGAAAGGCGCUAUAUAAAAAGGUGAGCGACAGAGUAGCAGAAGUGCAGGUUAUGUGGACUGGUGGUGCCAUGCUGGCCCCUGGUGUGCCCAGUGAUGGACUGGCACUAUGCCCAUGCUGCUUGGGCUUGGCUCCAGUGGCACCACAACCCUGUUAAAUGAAUGCAUUCGUAUAUUUAGGUGCCUCACGGAUGCAGGGUCACCCGGGUUGCCCCCCCCCCACCCCCAUGUCUCUUUACUUUGGGUUUUCUACUCUCCUGUAUUUUUUGGAAUUAAGUUCACCGUGUAUAUCCUGUACUGGCCGGGUGGCACGGUGCCCCAGGUUCAGUCGCCUUGCCAGCCAGUGAUUGUGCCGAGUUUGCGUCUUCUCCAUGUGGCAGGGUGGCGCAGUGUGACGUUUGUGGGCUCUAACCGUCCUUGUGACAUAACGAGUCUGGCGGGCAUUCCCACCUUGCGCCCAGUCCCGUUGAGAUGGACCACGAGAGUGUGAGAUGUCCAGAAAGGGGAAGGUGUCUUUCUGUCCAAAAAAAUCGAAACCAAAGUGAGAGACACGUGACGUGUGGAGGGCACAGCCUUCGUUCCUUGUAGCGCUGGGCAUUGCCAGGUGUGCCCUUGUCCUUGGGCACCUUGCUGGUAUUUCAUUUCAAUUGAUGUACUGAAAAACUUUGUGGUGGGGGAAGUGGGACGGCUGGCAGGGAGCUGGAGGGGCCUGUUUAAUGUCGUACAUCCGGGCGCUCAAUUUUAAAAAAGCCGCAUGAUGAGGGUGAGGAGCCCCGGGUGACGGUGGUCUGUCUGUCCGUCUGAGCCCCUCGUCUACUCGGCUGAGCCAGGCCUCGUGUUCAGUUAUUUAAGUUCAUUGUAUUUUAUUUGUCUCAAAAGACCCCUCGUCUGCUUUGUGUUUUGCAAAGGGGUCGCUCAUUUAAGGGUUUCUUACUCAUUUGUAUUAUAAAUGUCACUUUUUGUAUUUAAGAUCUUAUUUUUGUAAUAAAAUCCGUCUGAAAAGCG